AACCCGGAAGUAAGGGGCCAACUAAACAAACGGCUCGUUGUCAUCGCCUUUUCGCCGUCAUGCAGAGGCUUAAAAUUAUCUCGGGACAUUUGUGUCCGUCGUUCUCGGAGGAAAAGUGGACGGUGUGGGCCAACGAGUGCACGGCGUCGGUCGCUGGGUCUGACGACGUGGUGGUGAUACACGGCCUCCGGACCCCUAUUGGGAAGGCCAAGCGAGGAGCUUUCAAGGACACCACACCUGACGAGCUGCUGAGCACCGUAAUGAGCGCCGUACUGAAGGACGUGGGCUUAUCUCCUCGCCUGCUGGGCGACGUGAAACGUGCUGCAGCCCGGGGCUGGAGCCUUGAUGGCCCGCGUGGCUCACUUCCUCAGCUUCCUUCCAGCGGCUUUCCCGACUCUGUUCCUGUCUACACUGUCAACAGGCAGUGCUCGUCUGGACUGCAGGCCGUACUCAACAUCGCUGGGGCCAUCCAGAGUGGCUCUGUGGACCUCGGCCUUGCCUGCGGCGUGGAGAGCAUGUCCUUGCGUUCCAUCGGGAAUCCUGGAGAUUUGAGCUCCAGGCUGGUGGACAACAACAAGGCCAGAGAUUGCAUCACCCCCAUGGGCAUGACAUCAGAAAACGUCGCAGAGAGAUUUGGGAUCUCCAGGGAGAAGCAGGACGCCUUCGCUCUGAUGUCUCACCAGAAGGCGUCGCGGGCACAGGCGUCGGGCGCGUUCGACGACGAGAUGGUGGCCGUUGUCACCAAGAUGGUGGACGAGGACGGCGGGGAGCGACAGGUGACGGUCACCAAGGACGAUGGCAUCCGGGCGGGAACCACGCUGGCGGGACUCUCCAAACUGCGACCGGCCUUCAAACCCGACGGCACCACCACGGCCGGCAACUCGAGUCAGGUUAGUGACGGGGCGGCCGCCGUGCUGCUGGGGCGCCGCUCUGCCGUGGAGGCUCUGGGCAUGCCGGUCCUUGGAGUCCUGCGGGCCAGCGCCGUGGUGGGGGUCCCGCCGGACAUCAUGGGCAUCGGCCCCGCUGUCGCCAUCCCAGAGGCGCUACGCAAGGCUGGACUGAGUGUGGUCGACAUUGACGUGUUCGAGAUCAACGAGGCGUUCGCCAGUCAGGCGGUGUACUGCGUAGAGAAGUUGGGGAUCCCCCUGGAGAAGGUAAACCCCAACGGGGGAGCCAUCGCUCUGGGUCACCCGCUAGGCUGCACGGGUGCCCGCCAGCUUGUCACCAUGUUGCACCACCUCAGACGACAACAGAGAAGGGCCUACGGUGUGGUGUCCAUGUGCAUCGGCACCGGGAUGGGAGCAGCCGCCGUCUUUGAAUAUCCUGGCCCGUGAUGAAGUGCGGGACCACGUGGCCGUACCCACAACCAGACGCUCCUGAUGGCCCCUUUGAUCGCGCUGAUUUAAAUAAAUUCAAGCGGCUUCUACCCUCUGGCAUCAACAAGUUGAAAGUUGACUUUGGUUGCUUAGAAUUAUGAAUUUUUUUUUAGAUGAUCACAUUUAGAGGCGUAAUCAGUGGACAACUCUUUAUCAAAUUAAUCAACAGCUAUUUUGAUAAUCAAUUAAUCACAGAGGCAUUAUCUUAAAAUUGUCCAAUUGCUGAUUUCAGCCUCUCAACAGUGAAUAUUCUCUCAUUUCUGCAGUCUUCCAAGAAAGCAGACUGAUUAUCUUUGUGUUUGAUCAAAAUAAGAGCUUUGCAAACAUCUGCUUUUGCUUCAGUCAACAAUGAUCAACAUGUUUCCUGAUUUUCUGGCAUCUUAUGUAACCUAAACUAUUACAGGUACAUCUCAAUAAAUUAGAAUAUGGUAGAAAAGUCAAUUUGUUUCCGUACUCAUACAUUCACUUGGGAUAAUACUUUUCAGGGGGCAAGUGCUUGCAUAAUUUCUGCAGCACAUUUUUUUUUCAUUAUGUAAUAUUCUACUUUCUAUAGAUGGUGAAUUUGGGGUUUUUCUUUGCUUUAUACAUAAAAUAUUUCAGUCAUGAAUCUCUGAGUUUGACUUUUUGAGCUACCUAACUAAAUUAAGCUUGAGACACUAUUCUAAUUUGAGAUGUACCUGUAUAAACCAGUCAUUGAAUCAUAAUUUAUGGGGGGAAAAAGAAAUCUAUUCGAAAAUAAUGGUUAUUUAAAGCCGUAGCAUGACUAACGUGCAGUGUUGGGAAGAUGACUUUUUGAAAUGCAGUUGGGUAACAAUUAAAAGCUAUCCUGUUGAAAAUGUAAUAGUCAUGAAUGGAUGCAUCAGCAGGACCCUUGGAUGUUUUCGCUUCAAAAAAAAAAAUUAAAACCAGAUAAUGUUUUGGAAUUAAGCAUAUAUUUGUUCUUUACACAAAUGAACUGAUAACAAAAGAUGUUUGUUGCUUGAUGUGGCUAGCAUGUGGAAAACCAUACCCUAUUGACCUAAUAACAAAUGUGCACAUCAUUGGUUAAAUACUUUUAAAUGUAAAAAAAAAUGAACGCCAACAUGCCAGUUUAAUUCUUCGACGACACAAUGAAUUCUAAUUAGCUGCCGUUUCUGUCCUGUUUCAGGCUGUUCCAGAACAGCGAUUCUCAAAGUGUGGUUCUAUUGUACCACUAGUGCUACACUGGCACCCUCACACUGUGCAUAAUAGCUAUCAGUGGCUUAAAUGUUUUUUUAAAUCCAGUACAGUACAUUUGUUCAGUACAGUUCAACUAUAUUUUAUUUUUGAGUUCAAUGCAUUUCGAUUUAAUUUCAAAAACGUUUUUCAGACAUUUAUUUAGGUACAAUUUUUAUUUAACUUAAUUGUAGUACAUUUUAUCAUUUAACUUUAUUUUCCUGUAUUUAAGCGCAGUGUUGUGUAAUUUGGAAUAAAACCUCUCAUGUUUUUGAGGAAGACUGUAUUUUAACAACACGAUUGUACUUGAAUGUUGGUCAUGAUGGUGGUACUAGAGGAGCCAAGUAUUUUUUUUAGGUGUUCUUGUCUCAACUUUCAAAACCACUGUUCUAGAGCAGUCUUUCUCCUAGUGUGGUACGCAGGCUCUAUAGUGGUAUGUGAAAUGAUCAAUGCCCAUGUAAAGCUCAGUUGUAUUUAACUUUUUAGUACAUUUGCAUUAAAAACAUUUUUUUUUUUGUA